AAUGUGUAAUAAUGGUUUGGACCGCCCUUUGUUUCCCGUUUCUUCCAUUAAAGCUCCAACCUUUUUUCGUUUGGCUAGUAGUACUAUUUCCCUCUCCAUUAUUUUGAUGACUGAAAAUGAAUAGGACUCUUCCACGAAUUUUUAACUGGAAGUAACAACCAUACCCCAAGUACAGAUAAAAAACAGCAAACCUGAUGAGAUCUCAAUGUGAACUGAGAACAAUGCUGGUUCCAGAGUAGCAGAUCAGUGUUUUGCCAACUUCUCUCUCACUUCACUUAUUUAAGUUCUUCUUGUUGUUUUCAAAAUUUCCCUCCAAGUUCAUUGUUAUUGAAGGGAAAUGGAAACUAGCUCAGUUUCCAAGCUGUUGAUUUUGUUCUUCACAGCCUUGUUAGUGAAUUCUAGGCUGCUCCAGUGCAGCAUUACCUAUGAUAAGAAAGCUAUUCUCAUUAAUGGACAAAGGAGAAUCCUCAUCUCCGGUUCCAUCCAUUAUCCCAGAAGCACCCCUGAGAUGUGGGAGGAUCUUAUAAAGAAGGCUAAAGAUGGGGGCUUGGAUGUCAUAGACACCUAUGUCUUUUGGAAUGGUCAUGAACCUUCUCCUGGCAAUUAUAAUUUCGAGGGCAGAUACGACCUGGUACGGUUUAUUAAGACAGUGCAAAAAAUGGGACUAUACCUUCAUCUUCGCAUUGGACCUUAUGUUUGUGCAGAGUGGAAUUUUGGAGGAUUUCCUGUCUGGCUUAAGUAUGUUCCUGGUAUCAGCUUCAGAACAGAUAAUGAGCCCUUCAAGAGGGCAAUGCAAGGAUUUACCCAGAAAAUUGUCCAAAUGAUGAAGAAUGAAAAGCUUUUUGCAUCACAGGGUGGCCCCAUCAUCCUCUCUCAGAUUGAGAAUGAAUAUGGCCCUGAGAGUAAGGCACUUGGAGAUGCUGGUCAUGCAUACAUUAAUUGGGCUGCAAAAAUGGCUGUUGAACUGGAUACUGGAGUCCCAUGGGUAAUGUGCAAGGAAGACGACGCCCCAGAUCCCGUGAUAAAUGCAUGUAAUGGCUUUUACUGCGAUGCAUUCUCUCCCAACAAACCUUACAAGCCUACAUUGUGGACUGAGGCUUGGAGUGGCUGGUUUACAGAAUUUGGUGGCACAAUUCACCAGCGCCCAGUUGAAGACUUGGCAUUUGCCGUUGCUCGUUUCGUACAAAAGGGUGGCUCAUAUAUUAAUUAUUAUAUGUACCAUGGAGGAACCAACUUUGAACGGACGGCUGGUGGACCAUUUAUUACAAGCAGUUAUGACUAUGAUGCCCCAAUUGAUGAAUAUGGUUUAAUCCGCCAGCCUAAAUAUGGUCAUCUGAAGGAGCUUCAUAGGGCUAUAAAGCUAUGCGAACAUGCUUUAGUUUCCUCAGAUCCUACUGUUACUUCCUUGGGAGCCUAUCAGCAAGCCCAUGUAUUCUAUUCAAGGCAAGGAAGCUGUGCAGCUUUUAUCUCUAAUUACCAUGUGAAAUCUGCUGCUAGGGUGAUGUUUAAUAACAGGCACUACAAUUUGCCACCUUGGUCCAUUAGCAUCCUUCCCGAUUGCAUAAAUGUCGCAUUUAACACUGCAUUAGUUGGAGUUAAAACCUCACAGAUCCAAAUGUUGCCAGUGAACUCCAAGAUGUUCUCAUGGGCGAAUUAUGAUGAAGACAUUUCUUCUCUAGGGGAAAGUUCAAGAAUCACAGCUCUUGGACUCUUGGAGCAGAUGAAUGUUACCAGAGAUACUAGUGACUAUUUGUGGUACACAACCAGUGUUGACAUAAGUCCGUCAGAAUCAUUUCUGCGGGGAGCACAAAAGCCCACUCUUAAUGUGGAUUCAGCUGGCCAUGCUCUUCAUGUCUUCAUCAACGGACAGUUCUCAGGGUCAGCCUUUGGGACCAGGGAAAACAGGAGAUUCACGUUUACAGGACCAGUGAAACUACGUGCUGGAACAAAUCGCAUUGCACUUCUCAGCAUAGCGGUUGGAUUGCCGAAUGUUGGACUGCACUACGAAACAUGGAAAACAGGAAUUCUAGGUGUUUUGUUGCAUGGCCUGGACCAAGGACAGAAAGACUUGACCUGGCAGAAAUGGUCAUACCAGGUUGGCUUAAAAGGAGAAGCAAUGAAUUUGGUCUCUCCAAAUGGAGCCUCAUCCGUAGAAUGGAUCCGAGGUUCACUAGCUAUACGGACUCGACAGUCUAUGACAUGGUAUAAGGCUUAUUUCAAUGCCCCAGGAGGAGAUGAACCGUUGGCUUUGGAUAUGCGGAGUAUGGGAAAGGGUCAAGUAUGGAUCAAUGGACAGAGCUUAGGAAGAUAUUGGAUGGCUUAUGCAAAGGGUGACUGCGGUCCUUGUAGUUACUCGGGGACAUUCCGACCUUCAAAGUGCCAGAGUGGUUGUGGCCAGCCAACGCAAAGAUGGUAUCACGUUCCAAGAUCAUGGCUAAAGCCAACACAAAAUUUGUUGGUAGUGUUUGAAGAACUUGGCGGAGAUGCAUCAAAAAUUUCCCUUGUGAGGCGAUCAGUUUUAUAAACAUUGCUUAGACACAGUCAUAAAUAAGGGAUGCAGCUGAGAAGGAGAAAAUAAAAGAAGAGUAGAGUAGAUAUAUGGGUGGAUAAGAUAUUUCAGUUUCAUUGUCUAAAUGCUAUUUCACCAUCGUUAAAUUGUGGCAGCAAUAUAAAGGUUUUAGAAUUAGGCAGCCGUCAUUAGAUUUGGCAUGGAUGAAUCCUCUGUAAAGUACCGAGUGACUACAGGCUAGCCGGUUGAUAUCUGAGUUUGAAAUCCCACUUUUUGGCCUUCUCUUUCUAUUGAGAGGAGUGCCAGAAUCAUUCUCAAAAUGCCAUGCA